AUGAUGAACGCUGCCGCAAACGCGCUCGAAAAUGUUCUCCGCAAAGGUGAUGGACAAGCAGACGUCCGCACAGACGUUGCGAACCCGGCUUCCAAUCCCGAACAGUAUGCAGAUCCAAGCAGGGAGAAGAUGAAGGCCCUUACCUGGCAAGGCGCGAACCGCGUACAAAUUGUCGACUCUCUCAAGCCCAAGAUUCUCAACGACAACGACGUGAUCGUUUCGGUCUCCGGUUCAACGCUAUGUGGCAGCGACCUGCAUCUCUACCACGGUGCUAUUAUGCAAAUGCAAAAGGGCGACAUUUUAGGCCACGAGUUUUGUGGCAAAGUUGAGUCGGUCGGCCCAGGCAUUCGCAAGGUCAAACCAGGCGACCGCGUCGUCGCGUCCUUCUCAAUUGCGUGUGGUGAUUGCUAUUAUUGCAAACAAAAACUCACAACAGCCUGCGAACGCACCAACGCGGACGAGCUUCAGAACAUGCUUUAUGGACACCGCACCGUAGGAAUCCUGGGCUACUCACAUCUCACGGGAGGCUUUGCUGGUGGACAGGCAGAAUACGUCCGCAUGCCCUACGGCGACUUUAAUUUGCUCAAGAUCCCCGAUGACGUUCCCAACGAGAAGGCACUCUACCUCUCUGACGUACUUUGCACGUCAUAUCAUUGCGUUGUCGAUACUGGUGUUAAGAAGGGGGACAGUGUUGCCAUCUGGGGCAUGGGUCCCAUUGGACUUAUGGCGGCAUUCUUCUGCUUCCAGAAGGGAGCGUCACGCGUUAUUGGCAUCGACCAAGUUGGCUGGCGUCUUGAAUGGGCCAAGAAGAAACUCCCCAAGAUUGAAACACUCGACUUUUCUCAACUACCAAAAGGCAGUAGUGUACCAACCGAGCUAAGGAAGAUGGUGGACAAAGGCGUCGACAUUGCGCUUGAAUGCGCUGCAGGCGAGUAUGCAAAGAGUAUCGUUCAUAAGGCUGAACUUGCACUUGGAAUGGAAAAUGAUACAAGUGAGACAAUCAACGAGAUGAUCCUCUCCGUCAAAAAAUUUGGAUCUAUAGGGAUAAUUGGCGUCUACACAGGCUACACGAACCACUUCAAUAUCGGAGCCAUAAUGGAGCUUGGCAUCCGCUUGAUUGGGAAUGGCCAGGCUCCAGUUCACAAGUACUGGGAGGAGCUCUUGGACCAAAUUCGCAGUGGCGAAUUGGACCCAACGAUCAUGCUUUCGCAUCGCGUUGACAUCCAGGACCUUGACAAGGUCUACCCUAUCUUCGACAAGCGCAGCGAGGAUGUCCAAGUGAUGAAGAUAUUCAUCCAGACCCGCUUCAGUGACCCUCCUGCUAAGGGAACUCCGGAGCUCACAAGAUUCUGA